CUUUCAGAAAAUACUUAAAUCAAGGCUUCGUUUUUCCCCGAGCAGCCGUCAAGAUCUACUGUAGCGGCCUCUCCUUUUCGCUGUGGCCACGCCUUUUAUCAUGCUGAUCCCUUCGCCUUUAGCAAAGAUGGACAAACGACGGUUGGGAAGGCUGCAGCUUCCAGUUGUUUUGAGCGAAGAUGGCCACUUACGUGAAGAUGACGCCGUGGCAAUGGCUGUUCACGAGUCUCUGUCAUUUACCGCCUUGGAAAACGACGAUAACCCAGUGUGCCAAAGCGCUGCAUCGAAACCUCAUAAACGCCUUGCCAUCUUCGCCACUUUAGAGCUUUCGGUGAACAAAAUGGAGACGAGUUUCAGUCGCGUCGCACGUUCACGUACGUCAGAUGGAUACAUUCCACUGAACUAUACAGAGCUGGCGAAACCGGGUUACAUACAUAUGCCGCAUAUGUAGACACAUACCGAUUUGUCACCUCCGGUACAGGUACGUUGCUGCUGAGAUUUGCGUUGGCCAGCGCAACCAUUCUUCGUUGUCAUCUCGGUUGUCCACUUGAGAAUUGGUGGCGUCGCCCAUCGCGACCGCAAUGCAAUGCUUCAACAGGC